CAAACCCCCUCGAAGCCCAUCCCGACGGAGAGCGGGGCCGGGCGGAGUGCAUGGCGCCGGGGAUCGUGCCCGCCAAAGCGAGAAACUGCUGAGAGGGCCGGGUAUAUGAGCCGCAACCUGCUCUCCAGAGCCCUUUGUUUCGUAAAGGAAAGCGCUCAUCUCAAGCAGCAAAACGACCGACGAUGGACUACGAUCGAGUGACCCAGAUCCGCGCCAAGGCCUUUGCCCAUCUGGAUGAGGCCCAGUUCGGAUGGUUUCAUCUGCGUGCGAUCCUGGUGUCCGGCGUCGGUUUCUACACCGACUCGUACGACAACUUUGUCAUCAACCUGGCCUUGCCCAUGCUCUACCAUGUCUACUUCCCCAAGUCGCCCGAUCUGCAGUAUCCCUCUGAUUUCCCGCAAAGGAACCCCAACUAUGACGCCUGGAUGAAGGCUGCAACUUCCUAUGGGAACCUCUUCGGCCAACUGAGCUUCGGUUACCUCGGCGACAAGCUCGGCCGCAAGAACAUGUACGGUGUCGAGCUCAUGAUCAUGAUUGUCUGCACCAUCGGCUCGGCCUUCUCGGCCAGCGCUAUCCGCGGCGCCAACAUCCUCCAGACCCUGGCCGUCUGGCGCUUCUUCCUCGGCAUCGGUAUUGGCGGUGACUAUCCUCUCUCGGCCAUCAUCACCUCCGAGUUUGCCAACGUCAAGUGGCGCGGCACCAUGAUCGCCGCCGUCUUUGCCAUGCAGGGAAUCGGAAUCCUCACCGGCGGCCUCGUCACCCUCGCCACCCUCGCCGCCCUCCAGAACAGCAUCCGCUCCGACCCGGCCUAUCUCGACCUCGUCUGGCGCAUCAUCCUGGCCUUUGGUGUGAUCCCUGCGAUGGGUGCCGUGUACUUCCGUCUGACCAUCCCCGAGACCCCCCGCUACACCGUCGAUGUCAUUGGCUCUGUCGACCAGGCCGAGCGCGAUGUCGAGAAGGUCAUGGCCCUCAACGCCACCCGCGAUGUGUCGUCCAACUGGGUCGGCGAGGAGGUCGCCAACGGCACCCGUGCCAACGUCAAGAAGGGAGGAUUCUGGGCGCACUUUGGCCAGUGGAAGAACGGCAAGAUCCUGUUUGGCUGUGCCUUCACCUGGUUUGCGCUCGAUGUCGCCUGGUAUGGUCUCUCGCUCAACGCCAGCACGAUCCUGACGCUGAUCAACUGGAACGGCUCCAACUCGCUCCCUCCGUACGACAACUACUGGCAAAAGACCGUCGGCCAGGUCAUCAUUGCAUGCAUGGGCACUGUUCCUGGAUACUGGGUCUGUGUCGCCCUGAUCGACCGCAUGGGCCGCAAGCCCAUCCAGUACCUCGGCUUUGCUGUCAUCACCGUCUGCCUCCUGAUCCUCGCCAUUGCCUGGGACACCAUCAAGAACAACACUGUCGCCUUCUGCGUUGUCUUCACGAUCGCCCAGUUCUUCUUCCAGUUCGGCCCCAACACCACCACCUUUGUUGUUCCUGGUGAGGUCUUCCCGACCCGCUUCCGCUCCACCGCCCACGGCAUGUCUGCGGCAAUGGGCAAAUUGGGAGCCAUCAUCGGUGUCGAGGCUGUCGGUCCCUUCUUCAGCAUGAAUCCAAAGGCAGUCCUCUACGUCUUCACCGUUGUCAUGGCCCUCGGCGGUGUUGCCACCUACUUCAUCCCCGAGACCAUGGGCAAGACCCUCGAGGCUCUCUCGGGCGAGGAUGAUGCCUUUGAGUCUCAAGAAACGAUCCUCUGAACAAGGUAAUUGGCAUACCGGUGCCAAUGGCCGACUCGUAGCCGCGCUGCCCGUGGGCCACCGAUAGUGCUGCUUGGGCAUAACAUCACUUGCGGGUCCUACAGUCUGCGAUCCAGCUCAGCUCCAUUGCUUUGAUCUGUACUGCACCGCACACUUGCCUUAUUUGAUGGCUGCUUUGGUUGGUUGAUUUAGUGUGUGUGAGUUAUUUGAUUCUCAAGAAUGCUGCCCAGCACCAUCGUCUGGGCCAGACUACAUAAAUGGCUAUUACA